ACGUACUACAUACUGCGGCAUCCUAUCCGGGCGGGCAAUAGGAUAGAUUAGAGUCCAUGGCUGCUGCUGCUGCUGCAGCAUUGAGCUGCAAAUUUCAUAUCUGGUACAGCUGCAAGAAUGGUGAAAUUACAAGGGUGAAAGGCGGCAGGGCGGGUUCAAUCAUCAAGUGUGGCAUGGCGGCGGCGCAGAGCAAUAAUAAUAAAAAUAUAAAGGUGAUCAUAAAUGGAGCUGCAAAGGUGAUAGGAAAAGCUGCUGUGGUGGCCGUAAAUAAAGCCAGAGGAAUGGAAGUUGCCGGCGCCGUGGAUUCCCAUUUAGUCGGGGAAGACAUCGGCAAAGUGUGUGAACUGGAAGAGCCAUUAGAAGUCCCUAUUAUUAACGACCUCACUAUGGUUCUGGCUUCCAUUUCUCAGUCGAAUGCAACGGGAGUGGUACUUGAUUUCACUGACGCUUCCACAGUUUAUGAAAACGUAAAACAGGCGGCUGCAUUUGGGAUGAGAAGUGUGGUGCACGUGCCUGGGAUUAAGCAAGACACAGUAAUGGGCCUAUCUGCUUUCUGUGAGAAGGCCAGCAUGGGCUGUUUGGUAGCACCUACGCUUUCCAUAGGAUCAAUACUUGUUCAGCAAGCUGCAAUUUCGGCUUCUUUCCAUUACAACAACGUUGAAAUUGUUGAGUCAAGAUCCACUUCUGCAAUAACAGAUUUCCCAUCGCAGGAUGCAGUACAGAUUGCCAACAACAUUUCAAAUCUGGGCCAAAUGUACAACAGAGAAGACAUUUCCGCAGAGACUCCGGCAAGGGGCCAAAUUGUGGGGGAAGAUGGAGUGCGUGUGCAUAGCUUGGUUCUACCAGGCCUACCAUCCACCACAACAGUCUAUUUCUCCAGGCCCGGCGAGGUUUACACACUUAAACAUGACAUCACAGAUGUGCAAUGUCUGAUGCCAGGCCUACUCUUGGCCAUCAGAAAAGUUGUGCGCCUAAAGAAUCUAGUCUACGGAUUGGAGAAGUUUUUGUAGCUAGGACUCCACCACGUACCUACGGCUCUAUAUAUAUAUAUAUGCAUGUAACCGGCCUUAGCUUCUUUUUAAUUUGCAGAAAUAUAUGCAUGCUUCGUUCAAUGGAACUCAGGCACGCAGUACCUAGCUACCAUACCUCAUUAUUUUCAUCAUAUCAUUCUUUGAUUUUCCCUUUCUCAAUCUCCAGAAUUUCAUCAACAUAUCUCGAUCUCUAAGCAUUAUAUAUAUUACUUUAUUAGACUUACAAA